AUGUCACCAACUAGAAAUGGAGUUCCACGUCAGUCGUCAACAUCAGACAAAGCAUAUAAUUUAGAAUCACCCAAGGUGCCAUCACCGCCACCAGUAUGUUGCAAAGUUCCAACGCCCAACAUAUCAUCAUCGUCAGUUUCUGGAGUUUCAUCAUCUUUUCAAAUGAAACCACUAACAUCACCUAAACUUCCAUUAUUUAUACCACCAACUCAAGUGAUUACGAAAACUUCACCAUUUUUAUCAAUGUUUUCAAAAAAGAAAAGAAUAAACGGGACAAAAUCAGCUGAUAAUGAUAUUAAAGUGGCGUCAGUUGCUUUAUUUGAUCCAUCAACAGCGAAUGAUUUUAUUGAUUCGGAUAAAGACUCAGUAAUAAACGAUAAUAAUUACCAUUUCAGUAGAAAUUUUAACAAUAAAUUCAAUUCAUUAAAUGAAUCUACUGAUAAAAACAAUGAUAAUAUUGAUAACAAUGGACAAUUAUUAAUGAAUCAGUCAAAUCUGAAAUUUUUCAAAAAAAAAAAACAAUCUAAAACUUCACCAAAUUAUCGAACAACAAAAGAUAUAAAGAAAAGUUAUUUGAAAACUUCACAUUCAUUUGAAAGCGUCACGUCUUCAUCAUCGUCAUCACUAUCACCAACAUCAUUAUCAUUAUCAGCAUUGUCAUUAUCAGAUCCACAUUUAAUGGAAGCACUUGAAAUAUUAGCGGAUAUGCCUCCACCAAUUGUUGCUCGUUCAAUACCAAAACAUGCAACUAUUGAUACAACAAAUUUCGUUAAUCGUUCACUCGACAAUUGUUUAUUUGAUUCAUCAGUUUAUGAUGGAAUGUUAUUCGAUUCAUUAAAGGCAAUGUGA